UUGACAGAUAGCCACUGCUUGUUAAAAGAAAAGAAAAAUCAGAGCAAGUGAAAACAAAGCAAGAAAAGAGAGCUCAAGAUGAAGACUUACAAGGAACUGCUGUAAGGAAGAUAUUCAAGGGAAACUAUUUAGAGAAGGUAGAAGACAGUGACGGGUGUUGUCAUUUGCAGUGUGUGUUUUUUACAGCAGCUGUCCACAGGAAGUGAGUCGACCGAGAUCGUUUUUAGGACAUUUCCUUUUUCUCAUUUUGGCGGGGAAGAAAUCCCCUCGACAAAAAAGCGGCAUGUCUUUGGAGGUGAAGGAGAAGACGCAGGUGCGGCUGGUCUUUCUGGGGGCAGCAGGAGUGGGCAAGACGGCCCUGAUCCAACGCUUCCUCCAAGACACCUUUGAGCCCAAGCACCGGCGCACCGUGGAGGAGCUGCACAGCAGGGAGUAUGACAUCGGCGGCGUCAAGAUCACAGUGGAGAUCCUGGACACCAGCGGCAGCUACUCCUUCCCGGCCAUGCGCAAGCUCUCCAUCCAAAACAGCGACGCCUUCGCGCUGGUGUACGCCCUGGAUGACCCCGAGUCCCUGGAGGCCGUCAAGAGCCUCCGAGAUGAGAUCCUGGAGAUCAAGGAGGACAAGAACACGCCCAUCGUGGUGGUGGGGAACAAGUCGGACCGCAAGCAGGAGCGCAAGGUGUCCAACGAGGACGUGCUGUCGACCGUGGAGAUGGAUUGGAACAACAGCUACCUGGAGGCGUCGGCGAAGGACAACACCAACGUGGUGGAGGUGUUCAAGGAGCUCCUGCAGCAGGCAAACCUUCCCAGCCGCCUCAGCCCUGCGCUGCGCAGACGCAGGGAGACCUUUCCAAAAGACACCAACUUCCGUCCGCCCAUGAACAAGACCAACAGCUGUAUCCUGUCCUAAAGGUGGAGGAGAAGGUGUUGUUCUGUCUCCCGGGGAGGUCAAGCGAGGAGAACACUCGGAGAAAGAGAUUAAAGAGAAAAGCCUGGACUUGAAGUCAGCGGGGGCGUUAAGUGACAGAGAUAAGUGAUCCCGGACCAGCAAAGGACACUUCAGGGUUCAAAAACUGAGAGGAACAGAAACUGAGGAGGUGAAGGGUAUAAGGACUUGACCUGAACAGACUGCCAGAGGGAGGGGGAUGCUUCAUUAAUUACUCAGUUGUUCACUCGAUGUAAUGUUGUUGCUGCUUAUUUGGUGCCAUGCUGCUGGUGUUUAGAUCAAUGUAUACCUUUUUAAAAGGUUGUUAAAUUAAACUGUUCACUGACACCAAGAUUUGGACUGUUGCCAACAGAUUGUUUACUGAGGGGAAGAGUGUAAACAUGUUGCGCUGCGUGCAGAAGUUGUACGCCUCAUGCAUAUUUUUUUAUUUAGUAAUUCAGUGUAUGUAGCACAUCAUGAUGUUUACAUUUUUUUCUUGUACUCAAUUCCAAUUUGCCAUUUGAGUGUGAUAUUACUCGUUUGAGAAAUGCAAAUGUAAACUGUGGAUGCACUUGUCAUUUUUUUUUUAUUAUUUCUUUUCAAAAAUGAUGUUAAGGUGUUUUCUUGU